AUGUCAAGGGAUACACAUGUGGAACAUGCACCUUUGCAACCGCCGGCUGAAGUAAGAAUAGCUGCAAUAGCCGUGUACAUCCCACCAAUAGUAGUGUCUCAGGAGGAGGUUUCUUCUCUUUGCAAGAUUCCCUUAGAGAAGAUAACUAAAGGCCUUGGGCAGCAUCAGAUGGCAGUUACUGUCGACUCCGAAGACUCUGUAUCCUUAGCUCUGAAUUCGUUGCAACUUUUGAUUGAUGAUAAGGCUACUCAAGAUAUUCUUUCAAAGGUCACUAUAGGUAGACUUGAGGUGGGUACCGAGUCAUCUGUUGACAAGGCUAAAUCUAUUAAGUCGGUCCUUGCGGACAUGCUGGGUGCCGUUAGAACCACAGGCGCCGAUAUAAUCAAUGCUUGUCUAGGCGGUGUCCUAGCUCUGGAAAACGCUGCUUUAUGGCUAUCCGCAGCUAAGUAUGACGACGAAACAAACAAGUACCCGGCUGCAAUUGUUGUCACAACGGAUAUCUCAAUUUACAAUGAUAUUGCUUCAAUUCCUACAGGUGGGGCUGGUGCUGUCGCUCUGCUGUUGGUAAAGGAUUAUCCUAGUGGUAUAGUGUGUGAUGCAUCAUUCAAUAGUUAUUGGGAAAACACCACAGACUUCUAUAAGCCACAUAUAGCCUCGCCAGUUCCAGUAGUCCACGGGGCAACGUCUAUUGAGUGUUACUUACGUGCCAAUUUACUAGCAGCAAUGAGUAAUGAGCAGCAGCGUAGACUCUUUCUAGACGCAGACUUCGCAUGUUUUCAUACUCCAUAUUGCACCCUUCCAAAGAAAAUGCACGCACUGCUCUAUCACGCGCUGCAUCUGGAGUCUGAUAAGGAAGAUGAACUCUUUGCAGCAAUACAAUCAAGAGAUAGCAACGUGCUCAGUGUGCUCAGUAAGAACUGUCUUGCCGAUCCUUCUAUAUCAGAGGACUGUGAACGGAGGUGUGUGCCGUCUCUCAAACUUUCGAGUCAAACAGGCAACAUAUAUACGGGGAGCAUUUUCUUGGCCCUCGUCUCUAUCCUGGAGCACAUAGAAGCCAUUGCCGCCAGUCAGGUUGCAACUGCUUCCCCUACACACUAUCGUACGCCUCUCAAAGACGAGUAUCUAAUAUAUGCAUCAGGAUAUGGAUCAGGAAUGGGAUCUCUGGCUUUCAAGUUCUCUGUGUACCCCAACCAGAUGCCGUGUGUCCUCAAAAUCAAACGCGUUGCAGCCCCUCCAUCAGAAGGUAUGCUUCGGCUGUCGUUACAAUCUAACAAGCGCUUGCUGAUGCACAGACUAUCCCAGGAUCCGCUCGUGCAAGAAUUUCUUCAAGACAGGUUUCGCCAACAGGUAAAGCCAGAGACGGAUGAAUACAUAACGGGUGAUAGAGAGCAUUUUUCUUGUGGGGAGUGGUAUCUGGACCGUGUUGGGUGCGACGGGGUACGCCAUUAUAAACGUUGGUUGGAUAAAUAG